GUUCUCAGUGCCAAAAAGCUUUCCCGGAAGAGAACGUGAUGGGAAAAUAACGUCGGGAAAUCCUGUCCACUCAACCGGAACGAAAGAGUUUGGGUGGAAAUGUCAAAAAAUGGGAACUCUCGUAAGACCCCAGAAGAAUAAUCAGCUUCGUUAGCAGCACAAUGAGUUCGCAGGCCUUUGCUUCUUCUUGUUUGUUCUCAAGAAGCUCGUCCCAAACAUCCUUAAUCAAGAACUCGAAUUCCCCACUCCAACGGUUCGCUGGCAUCAGAUUCACCGAUCUUCCUUCCUUCAGAGGUGCAAAACCUCCUCUCCUGAGAUGUCCCAGUACAGGAAUCAGAGCAACUCUGGAAGAAAAGGAUCAGAUUGCGACCACCCCACUUGUUGUUCAAGAAGAGCAGCCCAAUAGAGAAAUUGCAGAGAUUAUAAAAGUUCUGAAGGAUGCUGCAAAGACUAGAAAGGUUCCAGCAGAGGAGGUUCUUUCUGCUCUCUCCGUGAUUGAGAAAUCGAAGCUCGAUCCGUCCGGGUUUCUUAGUACGUUGGGGGGUUCAGAAUCACCAGGGAGGACGUGGAUGCUCAUUUUCACAGCUGAGAAUAAAUUGAAGAAAGGACGGUAUUUCCCAUUGACGGCAGUUCAGAGGUUUGAUGCAGCUGGGAAGAGGAUCGAGAACGGGGUGUACCUAGGUGGGCUUGGAUAUUUGACAUUUGAGGGUAGGUUGUCGUGGAAGAAGCGAAUACUGGCCUUCAUUUUCGAGCGCAUGAGGAUUAAAAUUGGCCCUUUCAAUCCGUUAGAAAUCGGCCUCGGCCAACAGGGUGACAGAGAGCCAAGCACCAAGGAUCCUUUCUUUAUCUGGUAUUUCGUCGAUGAGGAAAUAGCAGUCGCUCGAGGGAGAAGCGGAGGAACUGCCUUCUGGUGCCGAUGUCGCCACGUGACUAAUUCUUGGUAGUCUAAUGAUUGCUAUUCCAUCGACUUGAUAGGUAUUCUCGUUUCUUGCAACCAGAUCUAUCUACACUCAGUUAUUUGCAGCAGAGAUGAGAAAAUGUAAGGAAUGCAGACAUUUGUACAUAAUCGAGGAUGUGAGGUUUAAGUUUCCUGUUA